AUGCUUUCAAGAAACGCAAAAGGGAUGAUGCUAUAACAACGCAAAUGCAAGAACCAGAAACACCUCCAAAUAUCACCUACCACACACCACGUGUCAUCGAAGAGAUGUCAGAAGUAUCAAAUAGCACAGGAAUACCCGACGAGCCAGGAGAACAGACAAUAGAGAGCAGUAUUUUGUCCGGUGUGUCAAGUAGUUCAGGGAUAUCCGAAUCCCUGGUAGAGGCUGCACAAAGUAUCACCAUUCCAGGUACACCCCAAAGAUUCAGUGCGAAUGGAUCUCAAGAGAUGUGUCUCGACCAAGAAUUAAGCGACAUCUCUAAAGUGCUACAGCAUUAAAUAAUGGCCAUUACCAGUAUCACGACUGUACACGAUGGUUCUGAUAAAGACAACACACUCCACGGAGACAAUUUGGCUGUUCGUCAUGGUACGCCCUCGUUGGCGGCGGUACAUUUCAAUAUGGGAGAGUCUUCAAUUCCACUUGAUCCUCCUACCUUUGAGAGACCAGAAUCCUCAGACAUCAUCGAAGGAUCUUCAAAAGGUCACCUGAGUAUCGAAAACCAUGAAGAUACACAACAUUCCAUCCUUGAAGCACAACUAGGAGCUUAUGUGGACCCAUCUGAACUAUUACUCAAAAUGGUUGUUGAACGAAACGAGCAGGUACAUACUUCAGCAGAGAUAGAGCCAGGACAACAUAACGCCGCAUUCAGGGCACUACGACGCUCGAAAGCGUGCGCGAGCCUUUCAGGGGAUGCUCCCAAAUCUCCACAAGCUAUUUCCGCCCUCGACCGUGCCCGUCAGUUGACCCUGACUGGUGAGCCAAGUGAGGUGGCUCGCUUGUACUUAAAAGCAAUUUAUGAAACUGUCGCGCAAGGACACUCGAGCAAUGAUGAAUGGAACGAGUGUUUGACCAACCUUUCAGCGCUUCUUCGGCAUCCAACACUGAACAAGCGUGAAACGAGAAUUAUGAUGAACAGCGAAUUCAAGUUGAUGGAAACUCAGUCAUUGCAACCAGCCUCGGCUUUUCUUAUCAAGCAGUCUUUUCCAGACCGCUUGAGAUGUGUUUGGAAAACAUUCGAGGAUCAUUCACCUUCAGGCCGGUGCCGGUGGUCCGAGCCAGCAAAUGACGUUGCGGAAUGGAUCAUCCAAGCUUUCUCAAAAGCACGAAGAUGGAGAGCUCGACUUGAACUUGCCAAAGUUCUCUCAGCCGAAGCAAGUGACAAAGAUGGUCAAGGAGAGCAUCAGCUUCUAUUGUCUUUAUGUGAAUCUCUGAUUCAAUGGAAAGGGCUGUGCGAUGAACAGGACCAUGCCUGCCGCGAGCACAUUGCAAAAAUCUUCAGCGAACAAGCAAUAGUGAAAUACCUCACGAAGGUGCUCCCCCGUCUCGAUAUUCUGCACAAGGGUCCCGCUGCCGCCCUCCAUCCAUGGCGACCAACCUACCUGAUAGCGAGUCUAGCGUGCCAUUGCUUUUCAAAAGGAGGGCUGGGGCAACGACCUUCAAAACAAAUUCAGGAGAUACCCAGAUAGAUUGUUCUCAGGUCUUGUCGUAGGUGAUGAGUCUUGGGUCAUUCUCUAUCUUGAUAUCUUUGAUGUCUUCAAUCGAGGUGGUUACACGAACGUAGCUGUUGCCAGCAUGUCGGAAGCUAUCCGAGUCAAUAAAAUGGUGUACAGUCCGGUGCCUGCACAAAUGUUUCGGACGUAUUGGGUAGAUCUCAAGCACCAUGAGAUUCUCAGGCCAUCGGCGACGCAGCAGGCUUGCGCAAUAGACAGGGAAUUGGGUGAAGAUGCAGCUGCAGACACCGGGAGUUCAGACUCAAGUGAAGACUUAGUCGACAGUCUUUCG